AUGGAUGCAGAUCAAAAUAUAUGGCCAGUAAGACUUAAAGACGAGUUAGAGCACUGGACAUUCCCGAACCAGGGACCUGGCGGGAGGGGAUGUCAGUGGGAGGAAGGGGCAUAUUGCCUCCCCAAUUUCUCAGGCAAGGCCGAGGCCGUAGGGGGGGUUUUGGGCAAGUGGGGGGUGAUGUUGACGAAGCUCAAAACCAGCCACCAAUGGGCAGAACUCACCCGUGAGGAACAUCAAGUCGUGAAAGAGUUAUUGGGGGGAGGAUCCUCCGGCGUCGAGUGGAGAGGACUUCUGAGCUGUAUCAUCUCCAAAGCUUUAGAAAUAAAACAAAUAAAGGUGAGGGCAGGGGGGAAUUGGCUUCAGUUGUGGAGCAACCAAAAUUGGGCAGAGGCUCUCAACAAGGGGGUAGUCUCACCGUGGAACCAAAAUACUACCGGACAAGCUAUGUUUUUGGCAGUGACCUGUGUGAUAAGGGCAUUAAUAGGUUACCAAGUUGGUGGCAGAAACCAACAAAAGAAUAGUCAGGCACUCUGCGGAGAAGUCUGGAAUACCGUGAAGAUUAACUUGCCAAAAACUACUAAAGAAAUUCAGGGAAUCCAUGUUAAAUCACUAGAACAAUUCCUAAGCCUAGUCGGACCCAACUCCCAGGACCCUCUAAGCCCCUAUGGGUCAAUCGGGCUACUGUUGACUAUCUAUUAUGGGUUGAUAACCUGCGGAAACCACAAACCUCCUUAUGACUUAACAGGACUUAUAAAUACAAAUGGUUGGGAUCUGGAGAAGCUCGGAAGCUGUACACUAAACAAGAGCAUCUUUAGUUGUGGGGGAGGAACAGGCGAAACUGAUCAACCAAGGAUCAAUAUCUGGAACAAAACGAUGGCAAAAGUGGUAUCAGAAGAUUCUGAUGAAGAGUCGGGGCUGAGUAAAUUAACACUGGUGACAGAGGAUACUGAAGACCAAGUCGCAAAGCGCAAAGCGGAACAGCAGAGGAGAAAUAACGAAACGGCGGAGAAGAUAGCGGGUGGGAUGAACGCCGCUCAUAACCAAGCAAAGGAAACACAGACCGUGUACGGGCCGAACUCCAACAGCUUAAGCGUUCACUUAAGGGAGCCAAGACACUCAAGAAGCCUGCCCCCAGCGACUCAAGGAUCAACACUCCAAUCGCAGCACUCCCGAGUGAGAUCAACCACCGAAGCGACAAAAGUACCAAUCCCAGUAGGGGGCCAUGACGAAACAACUGAGGAGCAGGAGCCAAGUCAGACAGGGCCGUCUGAACCGCAAGAGGAGAAACUCCUCAGUUUCAGAGGGCCUUCCUCCGAGGAAUUUGAGGUUUCAAAAGGACAAGCUGGAGAUGAGAAGGAACAGACCUUGAACGUAGAAGGAAAGACUCCCUCAGCGUAUCCAACCCCAUCCCUUAACCCCUCAAAGUCCACUGAGGGUAUUGGCGGUAUUCUGGGGGGAAUUAUGGGAAUUCUUCUGGCCCUGGGGGGUAUUUAUGGUUUAUAUCGGGUGUAUUUUCGGAAACCCAAGCCUUUCAAGGACAGACGCCAACAAACCCAAGCAACCACCCGAAAUGUAACCUAUGGUCAAAUCGAAGUAGAUUAG